AAUAGCGGAUUCGUUUCUCGUCGUCGACGAACAAGCAUUCCACACUCCGUCCGACGCCGUCUGUCAGUCCUGCGUGGUUGUUGUCUGGCAAGCAGUAAAGGAUGUUCGAAUCCCAGAGCCUUUUCUACUGCCAAAAUCGGGUGAAAAAAUUUACACUUAUUGGUGACAUCUGUAAAGUUCAAAAACCUGUCCUAAAACCUAAGUAGAGUUUGUUCUGUAGACUUCUCAACAUCUCGUUUGUCCAAAACAGCUCCGACUCACAUGGUUUAGCCCCAGAAUAGUGAAGAAGGGAGCUUGGUCUGCUGCUGCGUUUUGGGUGAAUUUGGAAGCUUUGAUGCUUCAACCAUCUUGGUAAAGUUCUUAUCCUCCUCUUUCGUUUUCCCUCUCAAUUUUCCAACGUUAGAUUCAGCAUUGAAGGAAAUCUCCCUCUCUAUUUGCUAUCUUGAUAGUGAGGAUUUGAUGUCGACUUGUCUAAUCCUAUGCUACGAAGAAUAGGUUCCUUUUCUUGGUUACCUGUUCUUCUUCUGCAAGACAUUGGUGUCACUGCUCGUUCCAGAACUCCUCUUGUCAUCCUAUCACGUUACUUUCCUUGUGUUGUCAUCUCCUCUUGUUCUCCAACCUUCUGCACCACAAUUGGCGCAGCAGAAAUCGACCCCCAUUUCUUAAAUUUUAUGAGAAAUAAAUGCAGGUUUGGAAGAUUGAAAAGUGUUGAUGAUGCCAUAAGAUUUUUUCAUAUGAUGGUUAAGAUGAAGCCUUUGCCAUCCGUGUUGGACUUCACAUUAUUGUUGGGGGUGAUUGUGAAGAUGAAGCAUUAUACAACAGCGAUUUCAUUUAUUAAAGAAAUGUCUUCCUUAGGUAUAAAAUCUGAUAUAUAUACUCUUAAUAUUGUGAUAAAUUGUCUAUGCCAUUUAAAGCGUGCAGAUUAUGGGUUCUCAGUUUUGGGUACAAUGUUCAAAGUUGGAUUGGAGCCUACUGUAGUGACUUUUACCACUCUUAUUAAUGGAUUUUGUAUAGAAGGAAACUUGGUUCAAGCAAUAAGAUUGCUUGAACAUACAGAAAAGGUGGGGUAUGAAUCUGACAUUCACACCUUUGGGGUGAUAAUAAAUGGUUUGUGCAAUAUUGGUGACACAUCUGGUGCAAUUAAGUGCCUAAGGAAGUUGGAGAAAAGAAUCUGGAAACCAAAUGUUGUAGUUUAUAGCAUGAUUAUGAAUAGUUUGUGCAAGGAUGGAUUGGUAUCUGAGGCUUUAAGCUUGUGUUCAGAAAUGACUAGCAAAGGUAUUCAGCGUAAUGUUGUCACUUACACUUGCUUAAUUCGAGGUCUAUGUAAUUCUGGUAGAUGGAAGGAAGCUAGUGCCAUACUGAAUGAGAUGAGGCAAAGGGGGAUCGUGCCAGAUGUUAAAACUUUUAACGUUUUAGCAGAUGCCUUUAGCAAAGAGGGAAUGAUUAUGGCUGCUAAAAGCAUAAUGGGUUUUAUGAUUCAGAUGGGGGAGGAGCCUGAUGUUUUCACUUAUAACUCAUUGAUUGAUGGAUAUUGUUUGCAAAAUCAAAUGAUUGAGGCCACAAAAAUAUUUCAUUUAAUGGUUAACCAGGGCUGUUUACCAGAUAUUGUAAGUUAUAGUUCAUUGAUCCAUGGAUGGUGUAAAGUAAGAAACAUUGAUAAUGCGAUGCAUCUCUUGGAUGAAAUGAUUAGUAAGGGAUUUAUUCCUGAUGUUGUUACAUGGACUACUCUUAUAGGUGGGUUAUGCCAAGUAGGCCGACCACUUGCUGCCAAAGAACUGUUUUUUAAUAUGCACAAAUAUGGCCAAGUUCCCAAUCUCCAGACUUGUGCCAUAAUAUUGGAUGGACUUUGCAAAUGCCAACUUCAUUCUGAGGCAAUAUCAUUAUUUUCUGUAAUGGAAAAGAGUAAUAUGGAUCUUAAUAUUGUGAUCCACUGUAUUUUGCUUGAUGCAAUGUGCAGUUCUCGAAAGCUCAAUGCUGCACGGGAACUGUUUUCUAGUAUGCCUGCUAAAGGGUUGCAAAUGAAUGUUUAUGCUUAUACCAUAAUGAUUAAAGGUUUCUGUAAAGAAGGACUUUUGGAUGAGGCUGAAAACUUAUUGACAAAUAUGGAAGAGAAUGGUUGCGUGCCUAAUAGUUGCACUUACAACGUAUUUGUUCAAGGACUGCUUCUAAAAAAGGAGACUUCAAUGACAAUGAAAUACCUUAAAAUAAUGAAAGAGAAAGGUCUUGUUGCAGAUGCUGCCACUGCUGAAAUGCUAGUCAAUCACAUAUCCUCUAAUCAAGAAGACAUAGCAUUCUGAUAUUUUUUUUAAUACAAGAAAACUAAUGCAUUUUCUUGCAUGGAUUUAAGAAAGCACACACGACUUUCAGAAAUCUGAAGGUAUUUCUAUUUUAAUGAUAUGUCUUCUCCAUGUGAAAUAGUAGCUUUGUAUGUAACUGCUAUAUGACUUAAUAAAAAUCCAAGAGAAACUGAAUGACUGUCUCUUUAACAAGACAUUCUUUUGAAGAAUAUACAUUACCUGCUUUCACUUCCUUUAGAUUAUCAAGCGUACAGGUAAACUCUUUUCCAGCAAGUUGUAUCAAUAUUUGUGCACUAUAUAGAAGUUUAUAAAUUGCAUUUAUGAUGCCUUUUGAAAAAUAAAAACAUAGUUUUUUUUUUUUAAUAAUUUCAUUGACAUGUGGUGAAUUCCGUUUGGACAAUUUCUGUGGUAUUUCGCCUUAAAAGCACCAGUCCAAGGAGGAUUGAGGACCCUUCUGUUCGAUAUUCUUCUUAAAGGGUACUAGUUGGUCCACAUGCAGAGUAGAAGACCCUGCUUUUCUUCCUAUUAUGCAAGUUUCUAAUUUCCUUUUACCAAAUGUCAAGGAUCUACUAUUCUUCAUGAUCAACUUAUUAUGAAUUUUGUGCUUUGACUGUUUCAUGUUUUUACAACUUGAACAUGUUUUGCUGAUGUCAUUUAGCUUCAUGUGCACCAAUGAUGGUUUUCAUUGUGGCUUCAAACUAAGUAAAAACCAUGUAUGGGAUUUUAAAUUGAUUUUGCACUUAAUUCACUGAACUUCAUGCCACUUUGGAAGUUUUUGUUCUUCCAAAUGACUUGAUAAGUUUUUGGUGAAUAUCUUUUUGAAGGUCAGUCUAAUUUACUACAAGCUGCAUUUUAACAUGUACUCAAUGUGAUUGUAUUUGAAAAUGUUUCUCAUUUAUUUUUAUAGAAAAUUACAAUUACAAUGAUUUCAUUCUUUUAUUCAUGCUGACCCUUUUUUUAAUAGUAAUAUUUUCUCCUGCAAAGAAGUGGCUCUUAUAUCUGAAAUGCUAGAAUGCUAAAUAUUGAAGGUUAUUGGAUCAUUCAACAUCUAGAGUUCAAAAUUAUUUAAUCUGGAGCUUAUGAAUUUUGAUACAACCCUGCCCAAAAUGUUAAUGAAACUACAGAGAAAUGAAUCCAAAGUAGGCACUAAAUGGCAAAAUACUGAGUUUUUGCUAUUAAUGCUUGGAUAUCCGAAUCAGUAUUACAAAAGGACAGACUGAUUUUGGCCAAAACCCUAUUCCCAUACACAAGUACAAUGAAAAAUAAAAGACAGAACAGAACAAAGUAAGGUCCCUCACUGUAUUUGAGAGACCAACAAUCUCCUCACAACUUUUGAACCUCACAAAACAAUGACUGAGAGCACCCAAAACCAGAUACAAUGUACUAGUAGCAGCCAAAAAGUGACCCACGUGUUUAGCCUGAGAUUAAAGCCACUCUACAGUAUCAUUGCCAAUCCCUGAUAGCCUGGACCCUUAGGAUAAUGACCUGAACCUGUCACUUCUUUCUGCUCUAACCCUUGUUUCUCUUUUACUUUCCUUUUAUAUGUUUGAGUAAAACCAGCAGCUAAAUCAAAUUUCUUCCACCUGGUUCAAAGGGCAUAAUGAAAGUCAGGGGCACACAACUGAUGAAAGGAUACUACAAGAAGCUGUUGGUGUCCUUGGUCCGCAUUGAGUGUGACAUUUGACACUGAAGUAGCUCUCCUUUGCAAAGUACUCUGGGUUUGUUAGAAACAAGAGGCCUUUGAUAAGGAUGGCUGGCUGAAUACAAGAUAAAUUUUUUAUUAAUGAUUUUUUUUUUUUAAAGUUGGGAGGAUCUCCUCAUGUGGACUCUCUUGCUUGCUGGCCUCAGCAGAUGAGGCAAUAAUAGGAUGAGGGAGUGCCAAGUUUGUGGAAGUCGCUCUAGCAAUCUGCAUGAUGUUUGAGACUGCAUAUCUCGCAUCUAUAGAUUGACUGUGAAUCCACUUACUUGAAGGGAGAUGUGCAUUGCAUGGAACUUUCUUUUCGACUGUCGAGAUCUUAUUUGAAUAGCCUAGAUUUUGGAUUUUGUGCUUUUCAAAUUGUCUUUUUUUUUUUUUUAAGGUCAGAUGGAAAUCUGUGUUUAUUUUUAAUUCUAUUCGCUUCAAAAAAUAAAAAUAAAAGAUCAUGACCAUCCAAAUCAGAUCUGACUGGUUUAUGCUAAAGAUGUACAGAGGAUCUAAAUUAUCUUUAGGUUGCUGCCAUGAGAUAGAUUGGUCAUCCUGUCUGAAUCAUCCUUUGCUGAAAAUUAUGUUUUUAUUAUAUCUAUAAUAGGCUUUUUCAAAUGCAAAUUUCCUUCUGUUAUGACUUACAGACACUGUUGAUUGAGACCUCUUAAUUAAUAAUAUUUUUAAAAACUUGAUAAAUGAUAGAGCGCAAUGACAUUAUAUAAUCCAUGUAGCUGAUCCCACCUAGUGGUAUAAAGUUUUUUGUUGUUGUUGUUGUAUGACUGACAGAGGGGUUUAGGUUUGGCCUUUGAAACAUUUCAGAUGCAAACUGUUACAAGUUUGGCAUCAUUUAUUGAGGAUUUCUUAUUGCAUCAGUGCAUCGCCAUCAUCAAUAGAGCGUAUUUUGUA